AUGACGUCGCUCACACCAUCGAUGAUUGGCCUUGACUCCAUCUCCACAUCCAGAUCUGACAACUCGACAGCCAGUCACGGCAGCGUCGGGUCAGAGCUUCACGCUGGAUUGGACACUGCCGCGCUUCUUAAGGCACUGCACGAUGCGCAUAGCCAGCUCAAUGCUGUGAAGGCUGAGAACCAACAGCUAAAACAAGAACUUGCCGCUUCCCGUUGUCAAAACAAUGGCUCCAAAGCUCCGUCGCAAGAACUUGCUGCACACGACGAAGAAAUCGGUAAACUAGGGAAAGUUUUUGCUCAUUUUUACUCGUUCUGGAUUCAGCAGAGCACACCUUCCCCAUUCGAUAUUUCUCGCCCUGACUUCACGUGGGAUAGCGAGGACCGGUACCUCGAUUCAACAACAAGAUUAGCCGGCCAAACUGCAGAGCUCUACAUGUGCAUUCCUCCUCAAUACCAUGACUACAUGGUGAAGCAUGAGAAUUUCCGAAGUAUUUGUGACAAGAAGCGCAUGGAAGCUAAUCCUGAACUUGCGACACUUCUUGGCUUCAACCCCCGCGGGAAAACACCUACAGCACACUACCCCUCAAAUGCGCCAGUUCUCUAUACUAAUGGCAAUAUUUACGACGAAGAGGGCAUGUUCAGAAGUGAUUACUUGAUCUCCAUGGCACGUCUCAUCGCCUAUGGCCCACGAUCGUACACAUCGGAGAGAGCUGCAUUCAACAAAAACAGUCCCUUUCAUGGCCGUGUAGAUGGUGUUACCUUUGGAUUUAUUAGCAACACCGAAGUUGUUAUUCGUUUUCUUCUCGGAGGUGAUCCUGAGCUGAACAAGCAUGGCAUCGGAAAACUUACAGGAAUCAACUACGCGAGCGAGGCAGAAGCUUACAAAAAGCUUUUAAUCGAAAAUCAGGAUCUUCAAAACGAGCCCAAGAACGUCCGGUCUUUUGCGGUCUUGGUCCGGUCUGGUUACGGUCUUUUUCCAGUCACGAGACCGGACUUCCAAACACUAGCGCCAACCAUUCGAAAGCUCCUGCAAUACUGGAACAUGCAAGUUUUUCCACAAUUCCUCCUCACUCCCGACUCACAGGACGAAGAAGAAGAAGCACCACGUGUCCGGGUUGACGCUGAUGAAAACCCAGGUCUCGAUUCCAUGUUCCGUGGACUGCGUAUGGGAGCCGACACUUCUUCAGCUUCCACUUCGAAAAAUUCUAGCUCACUCCCACUCCCCCAGACCCUUCCAACCGAUGUAGAGUGCGUGAACGCCCACUCAGAUGUGGAACGGGCGCCGGAUUUGCAUCCAAACGUGGAAGCGCACACCCCUGCUCCUGUCGCCCCCAUCUCCCAAUCAAUCAAUCCACCCUGUGGACGUCGUCGAGUCCCCACGCCAGUUCCCUCAACCUCCGAGGCUGUUGCUGAUGUGCCUGCGCCACCCGCUAAAGCUCCCCGUGGUCGACGCCCAAAACAGGUUUCGGUUGUUCAAGUUGAUGCUGAUUCAGGUGCCGGAAUACCUGCGGUGCUCGCUCGUCCAAGUCGGCAGACGCGUGGUGCAAAAUCGAAGGCAAAUGCGAAGUAG